CUGAGACUUUAUGGCCGUUUGAGGCGACAUGGCUGCGGGCGAGAGAGGAACAGGUGGUGGCAAUGGAGGGGCCGCCGCUACCUCAGGCUGCCCGUAGGGAGGGAGCCUGAAGGCCUUCUGAGUCGUUUGGGCCUGUGCUUACUUCCUUUGCAGUGAUACUGCCUAACAGCGAAGAUGAGCUCGAUCUGGGUCACCUCUUUCGAGAAGGAGCAUCUCUGGAUGUAUCUGCAGGCGCUCGGUUUCGAGCCAGGCCCGGCCACCAUUGCCUGCGGAAAGAUCGUGUCGCACACACACCUCGGAGUGAACAUGUUUGACAAGUUGAACCGUGAUGCCUUUCAAAUCGUUUCUUAUUUUUUGUUUCAAACGCUGGACCAGUCUGUCACUAAAGAAGUUUUCAAGCUUUGUUGGCCUCCAUUUGACCAAAAGAGUGACACUGAAUUCCGGAAGCAUUGCUAUGAAUGGUUAAAAAAGAUUUCUGUGGAAUGUGGAAGUAGCUUUCCUCAAGUUGUUGGGUCCCUAUUUCUUUCUCCUGGUGGUCCUAAGUUUAUUCAUCUGAUGUAUCAUUUUGCAAGAUUUGUUGCAAUAAAAUAUAUAAAAACCCAUUCUAAAAAUUCUUCUAUACGUUUUACCGAGACAUUUAAUGUAAAGCCACAAGAUAUGCACAAAUGCAUUGCCAGAUGCCAUGUAGCGCGUAAUAGAUUUUUACAUGUUUUGCAAAGAGAAGACUGCGUUACCCGAAAGUAUCAGGAAAAUGCACAAUUGUCAGUUAAACAAGUACGAAAUUUGAGAUCAGAAUGUAUGGAGCAGCAAAACCAAAUAAAAAAGAUGGAACCCUAUGAUGACCAAAGUAAUAUACAAGAGAAAAUCCAAAAGGUUCGGUCUUUGUGGGCUUCAGUGAACGAAACACUCAUGUAUUUGGAAAAAGAAAGAGAAGUUGUUAAUGCCGUCCUUAAUCUUGUUAACCAAUAUACUUUAGAUGGAACUAAUGUUGCUAUCAAUAUUCCAAGGCUCUUACUUGACAAAAUUGAGAAACAGAUGUGUCAGUUGCACAUUGGAAAUGUUUAUGAGGCUGGAAAAUUGAACCUGUUAACAGUUAUUCAGUUAUUAAAUGAAGUCUUGAAAGUAGUGAAAUAUGAGCGUUGUCAGGCUGACCCAGCAAGACUGACAAUAGACCUUCACUUCCUUGAAAAGGAGACCAAACUUCAGAGAGAGAGAUUAUCAGAUCUGAAGCAUAUGAGUUGUAAAAUAAAAGAAGAUCUCACCAGUAUAAAACACUCUGUUGUUGAAAAACAAGGAGAAUGGCAUAAAAAGUGGAAAGAUUUUCUUGGUCUGUCUCCUUUCAAUCUAAUUAAAGGUUGGACUCCAGCUGUGGAUCUUUUACCACCAAUGUCUCCUCUUUCAUUUGAUCCUGCCUCAGAAGAAGUAUAUGCAAGGAGUAUUCUUUUGCAGUAUCCUGCUUCACUUCCAGAUACACCAAAGCAACAAAACCAAGAAAAUGAUUGCAGGAGAGCUAGUGAUAUAUCGGGAACUGUAUAUGAUCUAGGCAACAGACCUGCUUCUUUCCUGUCACAGCCAGUUUCAUCAUCAGAUAGAAACAGUGUUAGAUUACUUGAAAAGGACAUGAAGAUAAGAACUCCUAGAGAGGAAAGUGAAACACCUUCUAAGAAGACAUCAAAAUUUGAAACGAAAGACUCUCUAUCAUCAGAUACUGCAAGGAGUACCGAGAAUACUGCAUUUACAGGGUCUCUGCCAGCUAAAAAUAGAGAUCCAUUCCAAAAAGAGCAAGAUCAUCUGGUAGAAGAGGUUGCCAGGGCGGUUUUAUCUGAUUCACCACAGCCCUCUAAAGGAAAAGAAGUAAAAUUAGAGGAAGUAUUUGAUUCUCUAGUGUCUAACCCAUUCUUAACAAGGAACCAAAUUCCCCGAACGCCAGAAAACUUGAUAAGUGAAAUUAGGAGCUCAUGGAGAAAAGCUGUCGAAAUGGAAGAUGACAGAAGUACAGAACCAAUUCAGGUGGAUACUGAACAUAGAGAAGAAGUAUUGCCAGAAUCCUUACCUGUGUUGCAUAACCCAAGAGAAAUUAGCAGGACCAGCUUUCUCUCAGCAAGCACUGUAUCCAAUUCUGGCCAUUCCCAUUUGCCUGAAGAGAAAGUUGUUUCAGAUUGCCUCAAGUGUGUGCCUCAGAAACAUGUGGUGACCAGUCACAUAGGUGGACCAUCGACACAAAAUCAGUCAGAUUUGUUAAGUAAGAAAAUAAUGUGCAAGCCAGGUUUGGAGUGUGCAGCAUUACAGAACAAGCUUUUAGAAACUAGCCAAACAGAGACAGUCUCCCCUGCUGUAGGUACUAGGAGAGUUGUAAUGGGUAGCAAUGAAGAAGAGUCUUCUCUUGACCACUUGCAAGCUUUUUACAAGGAGCCUUUCAUGCAUAAAAGUAUGUUAUGGGACUCUUUUCAAGUAUCAAGUGGAACUAGUUCCAGGAGUUUAAAGGAUAUUGAUUUUGGCAUAUUACAUGAAACUCUUCCAGAAGAAGUUGGUAACUUAAGUCUUAAUAGCUCCAGUAGUACAGAAGCCAAUUUUAAACUGGAGCCAAAUAGUCCUAUGCACAGUGGCAUUUUUCCAGAAGAUGUGGGAGAAAGACCAACUACUCCAGAAUCGGACUGUAAUUUACAGGCUAUUUGUCGCAGAUACGAGGCUCUGAAAAAAUCUCUAUCCAAGGAAAGGGAAGAAAGUGACCUUUCUAAUCCUAAAACACUUGAAGGACACAAACCAGAAUUGAGCUCUAUUCCCACAAACAUGCAAACAGAUGAUAUGCUUGACUUUUUGGGUACUCAUGAUUUGCAUGUUGACUAUACAAAACCAUCUUUACGCAUGUCCCUUGGUGAAAGGAAACGGUCACUUUCACCACUAAUUAAGUUUUCUCCAGUGGAACAAAGAUUGAAAACCGCAAUACCAUGUAGUCUUGGAGAACUUCUACCUAAUUUAAAAGAAGAAGAAAUCUUGAAUAAAAGCCUUGAUGCUAACGAACUUCCAUCAGACUUGAAGAGAUGAAGCAGAAGCCCAGUUAAUUUAACUGUGAUGUACUUAAAUUUCAAGCAGUGUCACAGGA